AUGCUUCGAGUAGCAGGGAGGAGGCUUUUCUCUGCUUCGCAGAGAUCUUCGACUGCGACCUCCUUCGUCCUUUCGAGAGACCAUACCGUCUCCGAUGGUGGCGACUCUUCUUCAGCCACCAGAUCUAAUCCCUCUGCAGAUCUUUCAUGUUUCAAUUCUUAUCACCGGAGCCUUAUCAGAGGUUUCUCUUCUCAAGUUCUUACUCAAGGAAAUGAGAUAGGUUUUGGUUCUGACCUCCCAGCCACUGUCGAGGCUGUCAAAACACCUAACUCAAAGAUUGUCUAUGACGACCAUAACCAUGAGCGUUACCCACCUGGUGACCCUAGCAAGCGUGCGUUCGCCUAUUUUGUCUUGUCGGGUGGUAGGUUUGUUUACGCCUCUGUUCUCCGCCUUCUUGUUCUGAAGCUCAUUGUGAGCAUGUCUGCRAGUAAAGAUGUCCUUGCCCUUGCAUCCCUCGAGGUCGACCUGGGAAGCAUCGAACCMGGAACUACCGUUACUGUKAAGUGGCGUGGAAAGCCCGUCUUCAUCAGGCGAAGAACAGAAGAUGACAUCAAGCUGGCCAAUAGCGUGGAUCUUGGAUCUCUGAGGGACCCACAAGAAGACUCGGUUAGGGUGAAGAAUCCGGAAUGGUUAGUCGUGGUGGGAGUCUGCACUCAUUUGGGAUGCAUCCCCUUGCCCAAUGCUGGUGACUAUGGAGGUUGGUUUUGCCCGUGCCAUGGUUCCCAUUACGAUAUCUCAGGAAGGAUUCGGAAAGGUCCUGCACCAUACAACCUGGAAGUACCAACCUACAGCUUCUUGGAAGAGAAUAAGUUACUCAUUGGUUGA